AUGUUAUCGAGUACAAUCACUCGCCCGCUGCAGCUCCUCACUCGGGUGCUGCAGUGGUCUAGCGCUGUCAUCGUGAUGGGUAUCACUUCUUACUUCAUAAACAAGGGUCCUCGUGGUUUGUCUAUUACCUACCAGGAAAUCAUUUCCGUCAUGUCGGUCGUGUUCUUCCUGCCCGCUUUCGUAUCACCGUUCUUGCCUACGGCUCUUGGCAAGUUCGUUCUGCUCAUCGAUGUUGUCUUCUCGUAUCUGUGGCUCACUGCAUUCAUCUUCGCCGCCCAAGACUACAACCGACAUGAUUGCCGCUUCAACGCUCCCCCAGGUAUCUCCUGUUCCAAGAAGAAGGCUAACGAAGCGUUCAUCUUCCUGACCUUUAUCUUCACCUUCUUCGGCAUGUUCCUCGAGGUUCUGGGUCUCUGGGCCUACCGCCGUGAGAAUACUCCUGUCCGUGAAAAGACCGGUGGCGCCCACGGUGGUCCCGCUGAUGCCCCCGUCACUUCCACCGCUUAA